UCAACCAACCUCCAUUUCUGAAAAUUAUACUUCACACUCUCCACCAUCGCCCGUUCAAUUUUCCCUCAUCUACCUACCAUGGAUCUCCUCCUCUUGGAGAAGACCCUCCUCGGCCUCUUCGUCGCCGCCAUCGUCGCCAUUGCCGUCUCCAAGCUCCGCGGGAAGCGCUUCAAGCUUCCCCCGGGUCCUCUCCCGGUCCCCAUCUUCGGGAAUUGGCUCCAGGUCGGCGAUGAUCUUAACCACCGGAAUUUAACCGACUUGGCGAAGAAGUUCGGCGAUAUCUUAUUGCUCCGGAUGGGGCAGAGGAACCUCGUGGUGGUGUCGUCGCCGGAGCUGGCGAAGGAGGUGCUUCACACGCAGGGGGUGGAGUUCGGAUCUAGGACUCGGAAUGUGGUGUUCGACAUCUUCACGGGCAAGGGUCAGGAUAUGGUGUUCACGGUGUACGGGGAGCACUGGAGGAAGAUGCGGCGGAUCAUGACGGUGCCGUUUUUCACGAACAAGGUGGUCCAGCAGUACAGGGAGGGGUGGGAGAACGAGGUGGCGAGCGUGGUGGAGGACGUGAAGAAGAAUCCCGAGUCGGCGACCAAUGGAAUCGUUCUGAGGAGGCGGUUGCAGCUGAUGAUGUACAACAACAUGUACAGAAUCAUGUUCGAUCGAAGGUUCGAGAGCGAGGAUGACCCUCUGUUCCAGAAGCUCAAGGCUCUGAACGGAGAGAGGAGUCGUCUUGCCCAGAGCUUCGAGUAUAAUUAUGGCGAUUUCAUCCCUAUCCUCAGGCCCUUCUUGCGAGGAUACCUUAAAAUCUGCAAAGAAGUUAAGGAGACGAGGUUGAAACUCUUCAAAGACUACUUCGUUGAUGAGAGGAAGAAACUGGGAAGCACCAGGAGUUCGAGUAACGGGGAAUUGAAAUGUGCAAUUGACCACAUCUUGGACGCCCAGAAGAAGGGGGAGAUCAACGAGGACAAUGUCCUCUACAUUGUCGAGAACAUUAACGUUGCCGCGAUCGAGACAACACUCUGGUCAAUUGAGUGGGGCAUCGCCGAGCUAGUGAACCACCCAGAGAUUCAAAAGAAGCUCCGUGAUGAGAUCGACACCGUCCUGGGACCAGGCCACCAGGUGACCGAGCCAGACACCCACAAGCUCCCAUACCUACAGGCCGUGAUCAAAGAGACCCUUCGCCUGCGAAUGGCCAUCCCACUCCUGGUCCCCCACAUGAACCUCCACGACGCCAAGCUCGGUGGCUACGACAUCCCAGCCGAGAGCAAGAUCCUCGUCAACGCCUGGUGGCUGGCCAACAACCCGGCUCACUGGAAGAACCCGGAGCAGUUCCGACCUGAGAGGUUCCUUGAAGAGGAAUCCAAGGUCGAGGCCAACGGGAACGACUUCAGGUACCUUCCUUUUGGGGUUGGCCGGAGGAGCUGCCCCGGAAUUAUACUGGCUUUGCCCAUCCUGGGGAUCACUCUGGGUCGACUGGUUCAGAACUUUGAGCUGUUGCCUCCUCCCGGACACUCCGAGCUCGACACCUCCGAGAAAGGAGGCCAGUUCAGUUUGCACAUAUUGAAGCAUUCCACCAUUGUUGCCAAGCCACGGUCCUUCUAGUGUUGUAGCUGAACGCGAUACAUGCGAUCGAUCCCGUUACGUUGAUUUAAUUUUUUUUUUCCUUAGUGUAUUUUAUGCAGUUCGGACCGUUGUGUUGUGGAAUGGGGAACUCUACAUGGUUCUAAGAAAUGUAUUAUAUGGGGCCUGUCACUGAAUGUGUCAUUGUAGAUUACCAACUUGAAAUCACGGCCCUGAAGAGAUAUGGAUCUUGGAAUAAGUCUACACUUCCUUCCAUGGCCUUGGUUGUGA